AUGGUAGAAAAAACGCGGCAGGAAGAAAGCUUCCUGGAGGCUUGCUGUGUAGACAGAGUGUCGACGCUGGAGACGGUCGGAAGCAUACCCUUGUCUGGUGUAGAUCCCAUUGGCCGUGUCCCAGCGUUAAGCAUGGUGGGAGGCUGUGGGGAAGAUUCAACUGGCCAGGAGUGCCACGUCGAGGCGGUAGGACCGUGGUCAUGUGUGUGUGAGGAUGAGGACCAUGGAUCAAGCCACAGAGGACAGGCUUCGUCAGUGAGUACCCGGGCGGAAGCCUUGGCUAUCGAGUGGUAUGCCGGGGGCUUGGACGCUACGACCCCCGUCGUGUCUCAGCAGCGCACAUGGUUCUGCAGUGUGGUGAAGACAACGGACAAGACGGACAAGACGGAGCAGGCUGUCGAAGCAGUUGCGCUACCGGCGGGCCCGGUGGCAUCAGCACGGCACGCUGGCGAUGAAGUGACUUGGGCGAAGUGGCAUGGGCACUCGGCAUCGGCAGAGCAGCCACUUCGGCGAAGGCGCUGA